AUGGCUCAGGUGGGGGAGGAGGAGGAGGAGGAGGAGGAGGAGGAGAGAGUGUGGUAAAUACGGUGCAAGUCUGCCGGCACUAUAAACCCCUGCACAAGUCACCGUCCCUGCUCCCACCGCUUGCUAUGGGGCACACGGCGGACACCGUCAGUCACGACUAUAGAACUGUCGCGUGUGUGCGUGUGUGUGUGGGGGGGAGGAUAUAGGGGUGCCCAGGUUUGGAUCCACGUGAAGGUCGUAGAAAUUCGCAUCAUUUAGCUCUAGCUGGUGGUGACUACCUCUAACGCCCAUUAACAGGCUUUCAACUCUCACCCGCGGCCCCUCGAAGAUAGGCUCUGCCUAGCGGCCACACCUCGGUACCUGCCUCCUCGUGAGGGCUUGACCAAGCCACGGUAGUCGGUAACUUUGCCUCCUUUCCCAUCUCAGCUCCCUCCCACUCACUUCAAAAAGUCCUACGGAGAGGGCGACAUGCAGUCCCGUAGGCGGCCGAGGCUACCUGGAGUCUUUCUUCACUAAACAAAUCCGUGACCCCUAAUGAAGUUCGACAACAGUCUGGGAUUUUAAACAGCCCUAUUUAGGUAUAGCACUGUUUACCCCCUGCUGGGGAAGGGGCCAGAAAGGGUGACCUAAACAUAUGCUGGGAAAUCACGCUCUCUGCUAGUAUACCGUGGAUAGUUGAUGUAAAACUCGCGGUCGAAUCACUACUACGAACAAAGUACACCAAUUCUCCCCUACCCCUCACCCCACCCCACAGGCUGCUAGAGUGAGUCCACUUACUCCGGCAACCCGGAGUGUUCGUCGACUUUCAGAUGGAACACAGUGGUAGUCGUUCAAGAACUGGCGCGCUACAAGGUGGACAUCGCUGCUCUCAGUGAGACCCGUCCCUCCGAACUAGGCCAAUUAGAGGAAGUGGGUGCCGGCUACACCUUUUUAUGGAGCGGUCGCUCAAACGCUGAACGCCGCGAUGCAGGCGUCGUGUUUGCCAUCCGGAGCGACAUCGUGGGACGACUGCCCUGUCCGCCACAGGACAUCAACGAUAGCCUGAUGAGCCUCCACCUGCUUCUUCAAGGACCCAAAUUCGUCGUCGUCUUCGUCGUCGUCGUCGCAGUAGUCAUCAUUAUCAUCAUAAUCAGCGCCUACGCCCCCCUGUGA